AUGGAUGAUUAUGCCCAUGUGUCAAAGGUGACAUCCGGGAAUGCAACAUUGCAGGAGAUGUUUGAUUUCAUCGGCCAAGAGCAACACCAUGUUCUGGGAACCAUUGAAUCGGAAAUCCCAGAUUUGUGCGAUGAGAAGGCGAUCAAUACUUUUAUCCAGCUUUAUUUUGAGUUUUUCCAUCCCAGGUUCCCCAUGCUCCAUAAGUCGACCUUUCACAUGUUUAACACCAAUUGGAUCUUGAUUCUCGCGGUUGUUACGAUUGGUAGCCGAUACUCAAGAAUAAAGCAAGCGCGACAGUAUGCCAUAUUCUUUGGGAGAUAUCUUAGGCAUGCUAUUGCUACUUUGGGAGACGACAAAAUUGAACACACGCUCCGCGUACCAUUUAUCCAGGCGAUUAUUCUUAGUCAGAUUGAUAUGUCAUACAGUGGUGCGAAGACACUCUACCUUCAGUCCCAAUUCCAGAGAAAUAUGCUGGCCACUUUGUGCCGUGGUCUUGGGAGUGGGCUUGCAAGGGGAUAUGUCACCCACACGAUUGAACAUCGCAAUAAUGGACCAUACUAUAAGUGGCUAGGCCGAGAGAUGGCUAUCCGUGCAGUGCAUUAUGGAUGGCUUUUCGAUUGCCAGUUAAAUUUGAACUGUGAUAUCCCGGCAAUAAUAAGUCUAGAUGGCUUCGAUAUUCCAUUACCAUGCCAUGAGAAUAUAUGGAAUAUGACAGAAGUUCAAUGGAUGGACGAAUUCCAAAACGAGAAUAUUCAGAAUGUCCCCGAAUGUCCUCACAUGCAUGAAACGUUGAACUUGUUCACACAAAAUAGCAAGAACAUCCCGCCGAUUGGAGUCUUUUCCCGAAUGCUUGCUAUGAUGGCCAUUUAUCAGCAAUCACGAAUGAUCAUGGAUGCUUCAUUUAUCAUGACAAACAACACGCGGACAUCUCGCUCGCGGAGCAUUCGAGACCAUUCCAUGUAUACCGAAUGGAGAGAUUCUGCUAUAGAAACCCUAGGACUGCUGAGACAGAGCUCAAAAGACCAAUGGUUAUCCGACGUAUAUCACCAUCUCAUGAUUAUUGUUCACAUCCCUCUCAAAAGUCUUUGUACUGUUGCUGGUUGGACAUCCACUGAGGAUGCAAUCCUUGCAUCAAAGAGAGAGCUAUCUUCGUGGAUGGCUGAUAACCCUCAAGCUGCUCGUAAGACGCUUCUUCAUGCCGCUUUAUUGUUCAAGUCUCUUCGAUCAAAGCCAUUGAAUACACAUACCGGGGCUCAUGAUCUUUUGGCUGCUACCCUUACUAUUUGGGCCUAUGCAUUGCUUCAUUCACCAAGGUCUGAGGAUACGCUGACCGGACCAAUCAUCUAUCUUGAUCGCCAUAUGAGCGAAGACCAAGAACGAUCAUGGAUUUCCGAUCCAAACGAGGAUUCUCCUUUGCAUAUCUCUGGCGUUGGGUGUAUCCUCAAUGAUUCUGCAGCCACGCGAGUACUUCUGGAAGCGAAGAGCUGCUUAGCUCGGCAGAUACAUUUAUGGGGAACAUAUAACCAUAUUUUGACAGUUUUUGAGGUGAUGGCUCUAUCCGGGACCGCAAUUAGCUUGGAUUAA